GCUGUUUAUAUUUAUGAAUAUGAAUGAGACGCAGCUGCGUGACUGGAGAUACUGUAGUGCGCAUGCCCGGCCCCGCGGCUCUGCUGCUUCCAACAACAAGCGGUAGUAAGCAAUAUGGCCGACCUGGGGAAGAAGUACUGCGUGAACUGCCUGGCAGAUGUUACAAAUUUGCGGAUUCGCUGUGCCGAAUGUCAAGAUAUUGAACUUUGUCCGGAGUGCUUCUCCGCGGGUGCCGAAAUUGGCAACCACAGACGAUGGCACAGCUAUCAGCAAGUUGACGGAGGGCGCUUCUCGCUCUGGGGUCCCGAGGCUGAGGGAGGAUGGACCAGCAGGGAAGAGCAGUCGCUGCUCGAUGCCAUCGAGCAAUAUGGAUUUGGAAACUGGGAGGAUAUGGCUGCUCAUGUCGGUGCAUCUCGCACCCCUCAGGAGGUCAUGGAUCAUUACGUUAGCAUGUACAUCCACGGCAAUCUUGGCAAAGCCUGUAUCCCAGACAGCAUCCCAAACCGUGUGACAGACCACACUUGCCCAAGUGGAGGUCCUCUGUCCCCAAGUUUGACCACACCGUUGCCCCCUCUAGACAUAUCUGUGGCCGAGCAGCAGCAGCUUGGAUACAUGCCGCUUCGUGAUGACUAUGAGAUUGAAUACGACCAGGAGGCGGAGAAACUCAUCAGUGGGCUGUCUGUCAACUAUGACGAUGAAGAUAUAGAGAUUGAGAUGAAGCGAGCACAUGUUGACAUGUAUGUGCGGAAGCUGCGUGAACGCCAGCGACGUAAAAACAUUGCUCGUGACUACAGUUUAGUACCAGCGUUUCUGGGCAGGGACAAGAAAGAAAAGGAGCGUGAGCGGCCUGGUGGUGCAGGUGGGGUUGGAGGGGCUGGUGGAGUUAUUGGAUUGGGAGGAGGUGCCACAAUCAUUCCAACAGGGUCAUUGAGCUCCUGUGCAACAGCAACUCCUAAACGUAAAAUCACAAAGGAAGAGAAGGAGCAGCGGACUAAACUACGUGCCCUCUGCCAAUUCAUGCCCCAUCGUGAGUUUGAAGAGUUUUUCGAUAACAUGCACAAGGAGCGCAUGCUGCGAGCGAAAGUUCGGGAGCUUCAGCGCUACAGGCGGAACGGCAUUACGAGACUCGAUGAGUCGGUUGAGUAUGAGGCGGCACGCCACAAACGAGAAAAACGGAAAGAAAACAAAAGUGUAACUGGCUCAAAGAGAGGUAGCAGUGUUGGAGGAGGAGCCACAGGGCUUGGAGCAGGGGUCGGAGCUGGAGGCGGAGUUGGUGGAGGUGGAGGAGUCGGUGCCAUUAAAGAGGAGGGGAAGGACAGUGAGUUUUCUUCAAUCGAAAACUUGCCUGGCUUUGAACUACUGUCAGAUCGGGAGAAGGUACUGUGCAAUUCAAUGAACCUUACUCCCACACGCUAUGUGACUGUCAAGACUAUCAUCAUCAAAGACCACCUACAGAAGAGGCAGGGGAUACCCUCAAAAAGCCGCCUACCCAGCUACUUGGACAAGGUGUUGAAAAAACGGAUUCUUAAUUUCCUGUCAGAGAGCGGCUGGAUAUCCCGAGAAGCCUCCUAACAACACUGUCCAAAGAUUUGGCUAUAAAAAUAAUGACUGUAAAUAUAUUUUUCUACUGUUUUUAUUACAUGUCAUGAACACUUGUGGGAACAGAAAUACUGUAGGUGCCACACUACUGGAUGUGGACAUUUGGUCAGUCUAAUAUAUCUUUUCUUUAUCUUAGAUGUCUUUAUAGGAACAUAAACCUAAUGAAAGUUUGCAAAAAUAUUUUGAUUAACACACAGGUUUCAGCUUACAUAGUCAGUAUAUACAGAGAACUUGUCAUACUUUAACACAAAACACAUUUCCACAUGUUAAAAUGCCUUAUUUUUUAAUGUGGCGUUAAUAAACAGCAGAAUAAACAGAACUCAGCGGACUUACAAGUUUUACAAAUGCACAAUACCACAAAAUACAGUUAAUCCAUUAGGAAGAAUUGCUAUUAAAGUUCAGAUCGAACAUUUACAAAAGUGACAAAUGAAUGUUAGACUGUCAAAAGAAAAACAUCUUGUUCAACGCAGAAUUUUGAUAUAGGUUGAGGUUUUUUGUAUUAAGAAGGAAAUUGGGUUUCUUGUUUUGCUUGCCAAAAGUCUUGUUCUUGUUGCGUUCAUGUGUUCCAACCUGAGUUUACUUGUUUCAGUUUGAAAUAUAUUCUGUUGUGGGCUUGUGAGACACAUGAAGCAUGUUUGAUAAUAUGUUCUAAAUGUCUGAUGUUCAUGCUUGUUUUUUGAAGUUGACCUUUGUAAGGUUAUGUUACUAUAGCUUUUUACUGAGCAUGUUUCAGAAGCUCAAGAUAAAUGCCACAUUCCCAAGACUAUACAAAUUAUAAGUUUCAUGUCUGCAUAGUCUGCACACUCCUGUUUCAAAAAAGGGUAAUGAUAUUUUAAUUUUUUUGGAAAUUGUAAUGGAUAAAGUUGGCCUAAAUUCAACAUAUGCAAUACCAAAAAAACUGAGAUUGCAAUUUUUUUUCACACUUUGUAAUGUUAUUGUUUGUUGCCUGGCUAUGUCUACCCCAAUUGUUUUUACAUAGUUUAAUUUUUUUUAAAUAUAUUAAGAGUGAUCAGAAUAAAUUGUUUUUUUGCCAUUUUUACUUAAAACAAAUAUUGGUUGCCAUUCCUAUCAUCUGAUUGUAUAAUUUUUUUCUUUAGAUAUUGAGUAAGUCUGUUAAACCAUCCAUCACAUUUCCUAAUAAUAUUUUUACAAUAUUUUGUGCCUUGAGGCAUAUAUGCCCCGUUUUAUUAUUUAAUUCGCUUUAAAAAUAUAUUUUAUUUGAAUAUUGCAUUGCUCCACUUUACAAACCAUAUUAUGUGUUGAUUUUCAAGUGCCCGUUUGAUCCUGUGGCUUUUUUCUAAUUCCUGUUAGACGUUAAUCAUAAACAACCAUGUAUUGGGACAGAAACUGAUCAGUCAACGACUUCAUAGUCUUUUGGUGAUGAACAUGACUAUAACUUUUCCAUAGACAUAAAUAAUAACGUAGGUGUGGGGACACCUACUUGGAAUAAUGAAACUGAGGGGCCAACAUAGUGGGACUCUUUUUUGUUUUCUUCUACCUUUUUUGUGCUUCAUCCCUGUUAAGUUGUAAGAAAUUUUUGAAAGGCUUAUGGUAGGUACAAUUACUUUCCAUGUUUUUCAUGGUUAUGAAAUUGGAUCACAAGUCACAAAAAUUCUUCAGCCAUCCCUAAAAUGUAAGAGUUUGGUCAAGCAUACGCAUGAUUUAUUGAGGAAUGAGGAUAAAUAUUUCACUUUUGUUUCGAUGUUCAUGCAAAGCAUUGUGCUAUUUCAGAAUGUAAUUAUUUUUCUAAAGUAACUGAAAAUGUGAGCGGGGAAUCUACACUGAAAAUGUUCUUAGCGUCUCACCGUUACCUUAAGUACAUUUUUAUAGUUUUUUAGAGCCAGUGUGACAUUUUAAAAUGACAAGAGACCCUUUUUCUUGGUUGUGGCAUGUGUUCAAAUGUUCUCUUGUAAAAUUGUAUUUUGGGAAGAUUAUAUUUGUUGAAUAUGUGAAAAUAUGUAUUUUGCUGCAUAUGUCAUGUUCUCC